CUGCAAAAGUUUAUGCUGUAGAAGCAAGUAACAUUUACAAGUUAGCCCAAGAAAUUAUAAAAGAAAAUAAUGUUGACCAUAUUGUAGAGUGCAUUCCAAAGUGGAAGAUUUAAAAUUAGAUGGAAAUGAGAAAGUAGACAUAAUAAUAUCAGAAUGGAUGGGUCACUACUUGCUUCACGAGGGUAUGUUGGAUAGCGUAAUAUAUGCUAGGGAUAAUUUUUUACGCCGAGAAGGACUCCUCUUUCCUGAAAAUGUCACCCUAUUCUCUUCACCCUGCAGUAUUCCAUCUUUGAACGAGUCAUGGGCGAAUGUGAAUGGGGUCUCAAUGAAAUCAUUUGGAAAACAAUUAAAAGAAGCGGCAAUGAAGGAACCCCUACUGAUUCAAAUAAAUCCAGACGAUGUUCUCUCUGAGCCUGAAUCAGUUCUUUGGCUUAAUCUUCAUGACGUUACAUUAGAAGAUUUAGAAUCAAUUAAUUUUAGACAUGUUACUUCAGCAUCAAAGGAUGGACGUUAUCAAGGGAUUUGUUUGUGGUUCACAUGUACAUUUCCCUAUUAUUCCACCGAACCAGUCAUUUUAUCUACUGGGCCUGAUGAUCCAAAAACACACUGGUUACAGACGGUAAUUAGUCUACCUGUUGAUGUGGAUGUUGAGAAAGGAACACCCCUUGCAUAUGAUUUGGUUUUAAAAAGAUCAAACACCUCCCUUAGGAAGUAUACUAUUGAAAUGACCAUGCUGGAUCCUGAAGAAGUUGAACACCCUAUAUACUGCGGAUGUCAUAUGACAAAGUGCAUUUUAGCAAAAGCUGUAAUAGAGAAGUAUGACCAUGGAGAUUUUUCGAUGAAUUAAUAAACAAUUAUACAAAAGUGA